AGCAGGAGGGUGGCGAGGAGGAGGAGGAGGGGCGAGGGAGGGGAAGCAGCGACCCGAGUCGGUCCCGCUAUGGCGGGGCUCCGCGGCCCGCUCGUCGCACUGCUCCUCGACGCGCUGGUGGCCGCGACCCUGGGGCCCGGGGCCCGGGACUGCCUCCGGGCCGGCGAGGCCUGCACCAGCGACCCCACCUGCAGCGCCCAGUGGCGGACCCUGCGGCAGUGCGCGGCGGGCGGCGGGCCGGCCGAGCCGGACCCCGACGCCCGCGGCCGGUGCAGCGGCGCGGCCGGGGCCCUGCUGUCCACCCAUUUCUUCGGCUGCCGCUGCCGGCGGGACACGAAGGAGGAGAAGCAGUGCCUCGGCGUCUACUGGACCCUCCACCAGAGUCUCCUGCCAGACCCGUCGGGGCCGGACGCCUCUCCCUACGAGCCUCCCGUAAGGGGGCCGGAUUCCGUCCCCGCGGCCUCCGUCAGCGCAGGCUGGCAGAGCGAGGCGCCCGGGGCGAACCGGUGCCUGGAGGCGGCCCAGGCGUGCCAGGCGGACGGCGGGUGCCAGCGGCUGCGGGCCCGCUACGUGCGGGCCUGCUUGCGGGGGCCGCCCCGCGCCGGGGCCGGGGCCGGGUCGGGGUCCUGCGCCCGGGCCCGCUGUCGCCGGGCCCUGCGACGCUUCUUCGGCCGCCUGCCGCCCGCCCUCACCCACCGCCUGCUCUUCUGCCCCUGCCGCGGGCACCACUGCGCCGAGCGGCGCCGCCAGACCAUCGUGCCCGCCUGCUCCUACUACCCGCCGGCCCCCCGCCGCCCCGUCCCCCACGCCGCCGCCCCCGAGAAGCCCAACUGCCUGCACCCGCGGGACGCCUGCCGACGCACUCACCUCUGCAGGUCGCGCCUGGCCGACUUCCAGGCCCUGUGCCAGCCGUCCCCGACGACCCCCACCGCCUGCCUCAACGACGACCAGGCCGCCUGCCGCAGGGCCUACGUCGGCCUCCUGGGCACGCCCGUCACCCCCAACUACGUGGACAACGCGAGCUCCAGCGUGGCGCCCUGGUGCGGCUGCGGGGCCAGCGGGAACCGGCACGACGAAUGCCAGGCCUUCCUGCACCUCUUCACCCGCAACCCCUGCCUCCAGAACGCCAUCGAGGCCUUCGGGGACCACCCCGCCGCCCCCCUCACCUGGCAGCGGGACUGGGGGUCCCGUCCCCCGAAGGGCACCCGGCCCGACGGCCUCCUCCGCCGGGCAAGGCCCACGCAGGUGUCCCGGGCGGUCCGGCCCCCCGGAGGGUUCCCUGGCCCGGCGUCGGGCGCUGCCCGCCGGCCCCCGGCCCCCUGGAGAUGCCUGCUGUUGCCCACCGUGGCGAUCCGGCUCCUCCCGUGACGGGGUCGGCGGGUCCCCGCCGCCCCCCGGAUUCCGCUCACGGGCGUCGAGGACUCCCCCGCCCCUUCCCUGCGGCCUCGCCCCUCUUCCCGCCCCGGACCCAGCGCUCGGCACGGGAGAAAGCGCUCGGCAGGUACCGGAGUCGUAAUGAUAACGACGUUGGUAUUUACUGAGCGCUUACUCUGGGCAGGGCACCGUUCGAAGCGCCGGGAGAUACAGGGCGACCAGGUUGCCCCGCACGAGGCUCCGUUUUACAGGUGAGGUCACCGAGGCACACACAGGGAAGCCAAGUGACUCGCCCACGGUCACACGGCUAAG